AUGCUUCAGGAAGAUGUCGUGUUUGUCUCAGGUCCCUCCCCGGGUGGCCAGACGCUGUCAUGCUCGAAUGAGGAUCUCAUCGAGAUCGCCUCCUACUUCGCCUCUCCAGAUCACAAGGAUGUCAGUAAGGAGGCCCACCCUACGUCUGAGACGAGCGAGUCAUCGGCGGCCCAAGCUCUGUUGACUCCCCCGGAUAGUGGCCUUGGACAAACAUCUGAUACGGCCACUUUGGAUGCCGCAUCGCUAUUGAACGCUGCAGAUGUUGCUCAUUCCGAGUCCUCCGAGCAAGACUGCGAGGAUAUGACCAGUGUUUUCUCCCGGGGGGUGGCGAUGCACAGUGACAAUUGUAUACAGCAUCCACCAGGGCCUACGGCCGGCUUCCAAAGAUCUUCGUUCCGUCGGUCAUCGUCGCCCCUGGCAGACCCGUCCUCGGAUACGAUGCAAUAUCGUAUGGCGGAGAAGACAAACAAGUCCUUGAUUCUGGACAGCCUGACACGCAUCUAUCAAGAUACAAUGGAAAAUGCGCUGGCUUGUUGGCUCACAGAGCGUACGUGUCCGUACACUUACGAAGGCAUCGUCGAUUCCCCUCUCCCCAUCAGGUACGCUAUGGACGGUGAAGGUGGACCGGCAGAGAACCGUCCCCUAAUAUGGCGAAUCUGCCAACUAGAUCGACCAACUUCUAACAUGCGUGAUCGGCCUUUAACACCACGGGAAAAUCAAGCGUCAUCUCGUGCCCUGAAGGCUGCGAUCAUGGCAUUUUCGGCGCAGUGGGCCCCGGCUACAUACGAUGUUACCGGCAUUAUUGGGGGGAUGGGUGGUUCGGAGAGCGCUCUCGGAGAUGAAUUUGUGCAGCGCGAGCCUGGUUUCAAUCGAUCUCUCCGGGAACGCUUGUGGAACGAUGCGCACCGAGUGUUGCAAGAAACUGCUGGGCUUGACUCGUUUCGCGUCAUGUUCGCGCAGCUCAUUUUCUCUUUCACCCAGAAACCGUUACCUCGGGAAGAUCAUGUAAGGAUGAUGAGGCUCCGUGCCAAGCGAGGAAGUAGCUUCCACUCCAGUCCAGAUGCUGGCGGAACCCAAAACGUCUCAGAGGACUUGGCCGGACGCAUCAGUUCCACACCUUUGCCGGCCCGAGAUCAUGGCAGGCCUCGUCGGCACUCUGGCGAGUUGGAAGAGCUUGAACAGUUACUCGAACUCCAAGGUCCCCCAAUCUACCUUGAGAGUGCAUUGAUGCGGCUGUCUGACAAACGGGCUAGGCUGGAGCACACCGGCACUGGAACGGGGUCGGGCUCUGGCCAGAAGAUAUCCAUCACCGACCGCAAAACGUUCAAUCUCCUGUUUUGGAUGGUGAUGAUGUCCGACACCCUUGCGGCCGCUCUACAGGGACGGUCAUUUGUAGUCUCAGAUGAGGAUUCGCUUAUUUUGCGCGCAGACGAUCCGAACCAACUUGCUAGUCCUGCACCCCCUGGCAUGUGCGACGAAGAGCAAACCGGUACAGGGUGGCCUCCUUCAUCCUUGAGGGACAAUGACGGCCUGGAAACGACUCCUUGGGGAUCCUUCUUUCUGAACAGAGACAAAGCUGUAAAAGCAACGGGCAGUCCGCCAUGGCCAUUCUCAGAGGAAUCUGCGAGUGUUAUCCUCACUGACGCAACGCCUAUUAAGGUUCUCCUAUAUCGCCGGGUGAAACGGUUACGGAACCUCGUGUUCAGGAGAGCUCCUGCGAGGAGAAUUGAGGCCGGCAUCGUUGAAGUAUUGACAGUCUAUGAGCAUUGGACCAAAACAUACGGCGACUUCAUGCUCACGUGUCUGAAGCAUCACGAGGAACUCUCUCCCCGCAUACAGUCCUGGUAUACAGUGCUUCUAGGGCACUGGCAUCUUGCAGCGUUUCUGCUUUCCGACUGUCUGGAGGAGAUCGAUCGACAUCACAAGGGUGACAAUCUUUACGGGGCACUACGAGAAUCUUGCGGACUUGUCUUUGAAAUCAGGAAGACCAGUGCAUUUCAGGUGGCCGAACUCUGUAAAGUUGGCAGACCUCGUGGUGAUUCCAGUUUCCACCACUCGAACGACUUCCACAGCACUGUCAGCAACGGAUCCAUCCUGACUGAGCCGUGGACGGAAUUAUUGAUCCGCUGUUUCGCAAGGGGCGCUGAUCAAUCUCUCCGGUGGCUCUCCGAUUGUCAGUCGGGAGAUACUUCUCACUGGGUCGGCCUUGAUGAUCGCGAAGCCCUAUAUACCAACUGCGUCAAUUGUAUCGGAGGGCUUCUUGGCCUGGGCCGCAAGUCCGACAUUGCAAAUCUAGCAGCGUUGUCUUUUUCUUCACGACUUCAUGCCCCAGCCGGUCGAGUUGGCUGA